AUGUCGGACCCCAGGGUCGCCCGGGCCAUUGCCGAUGGAAGAGUCCCCAAGGGAAUAACGGCCGACUACCUCAACGAGACGAAAGACGCUCCAGCGAUUGCGGGCAUCAUCUUUGUCACUUGUCUGACAAGUAUUAUUGUCCUGGGACGCCUUGCCUCGCGAGCAUUACUCAUCCGCCGAUUCGGAUUUGAUGAUGCCUUGACGUUACUUUCAUGGAUCUGCAUGGUGGUAUUCGUGGGCCUGUGCAUCGAGCUCAUCCAGCUUGGCUCUGGACGACACUUUGAGUAUAUCCAAUAUGUGCUCGACAUGCCGACCAUCGAAGACACGGAGGUCCUCGACUUUGUGGCCCAUAUAAUAUACACGAUAACGCUCCUGUUCUGCCGAAUGUCGGGUUUGGCUUUUUAUCACCGCCUGUGCGCCAUUCACGACCGACUUCGACUUUCCAUCAAGAUCGUAUUCGGCAUUCUUAUUGCUGGAUUCUUACCGCAGCUAUUGCUCAUUGUGUUCCAUUGUACGCCUAUUACUGGGCUCUGGCCGUACGAAUGGCAGCCUGGAUUUGCGAAUUACACGUGCUUGCAAUGGGGAUUGGUAUACAGCGUCAAUUCCUCGGUGUCGCUUAUUUGCGAUCUGUUGUUGUUCGGGAUUCCAAUUGUCAUGCUUCGGGUGUUGGAGAUGCCACGGAAGAGAAAGAUUCAACUGGCUUGUAUUCUACUGCCGGGUGUUUCUGUUAUUGCGAUCUCGAUUACCCGCCUGGUGUUUGUGAUUGAAGGCCAGUGGAAUGCAGACCAGUCAUGGGCUUACAACCCCAUGCUUGCCAUUGAAGUCAGCGAAAUCGGUGCUACGCUCAUCGCUCUCUCAGUACCCGGCGUCAAACCGCUGUUCGACAAGUUCAUCCUUAGAAGGGACGUAACACAAGGCGAAAGCACAGGAAAAUCACGGUACGGGCAACAAGCAAGCUCCAAAGGUGGUACAGCGCUGCGAUCACUCAAUUUCCGACCAGAGCACGAUGUUUUGACGAGUCGCGACACAUCAGCCGAGGGCAUGAAGCCGUACCGAACGAAUAAUGUGACGAGAGACAACCAGAGCGAGAACAGUGCAGAUGGAAUCCUGGUGCAGGUGGAUUUUCGAUUAAAAGAGGAUACCCAAGAUGCGAGAACUGGCAGCAAUGCAGGCCGUUCGUGGAAAUGA